UACAAGACAAGUGCUUCAUCAGAAGGCAGGUCAAAAGUACCUCAUUUCCAAAAUUAACCCAUUGAAAUAACAACAUACCGACUGUAAAACCAGGUCAAACUUUCAUCUUUUAAAGCAGUCAAAAAGAGUAAAAAAAAAAAAAAACAAGAGGCCCAUGGGCCACAUCGCUCACCUGAGGAACAAUAGGUAUGAUAAAAUCAGAUUAAUGGAGUCAUAAUACAAACUAUCUGGACAAUGUACAAUAAUACAUGUAGAUCCUGUAUAAAUAAAAUCCAUUUUUCCUCUGGAUAUUCUUAUGUUUAUAAUCAUUAGUCCCUUUUCUAACAGGAUGAUUUUAUAGUCAUAUCAUAUGUUGAGUAUUGCAGUUCUCAAAAAGAUCCUUAACAAUUGUUUAUUUAUGGGAUAUAAACGUACGUUAAACUCUGAACUUUCUUGUGAGGCCAAAGAAUUGUCCUGGGGCCAAAGUCUUAACAAUUAUAAAGAAUCAUCUGGCUGAUUAGUUUCUGAGAAGAAGAUUUUUAAAGAUUUACCAUAUAUAUUCCUUUGUUAAACUUUGACCCCCAUUGUGGCCCCACCCUACCCCCGGGGAUCAUGAUUUUCACAACUUUGAAUUUACACUACCUGAGGACGCUUCCACAUAAGUUUCAGCUUACCUGGCUGAUUAGUUUCUGAGAAUAAGAUUUUUAAAGAUUUACUCUAUAUAUUCCUACGUAAAACUUCGACCUUCCAUUGUGGCCCCACCCUACCCUCGGGGGUCAUGAUUUUCACAACAAUGAAUCUACACUACCUGAUGAUGCUUCCACACAAGUUUCAGCUUUCCUGGCUGAUUAGUUUCUGAGAAGAAGAUUUUUAAAGAUUAACUUUAUAUGUUUCUAUGUUAAACUUCGACACCCCAUUGUGGCCCCACCCUACUCCCGGGGAUCAUGAUUUUCACAACUUUGAAUCUACACUACCAGAGGAUGCUUCCACACAAGUUUCAGCUUUCCUGGUCUUAUGUUUCAUAAGAAGGAGAUUUUUAAAGAUUUACUCUAUAUAUUCUUAUGUUAAAUUUCGACCCCCAAUUGUGGCCCCACCCUACCCCCGGGGGACAUGAUUAUCACACCAAUGAAUCUACACUACCUGAGGAUGCUUCCACACAAGUUUCAGCUUUCCUGGUCUUAUGGUUCAUGAGAAGAAGAUUUUUAAAGAUUUACUCUGUAUAUUCCUAUGUAAAACUUCGACCUUCCAUUGUGGCCCCACCCUACCCCCGGGGGUCAUGAAUUUCACAAAUUAGAAUCUACACUACCUGAGGAUGCUUCCACACAAGUUUCAGCUUUCCUGGUCUUAUGGUUCAUGAGAAGAAGAUUUUUGAAAAUUUCUCGAAAAAUUUUCAUAAAUUCCUAAUUAUCUCCCUUUGCAAAAGGGCUUGGUCCUUAAUUUUCACAACUUUAAAUCCCCUUAGGCUAAGGAUGCUUUGUGCCAAGUUUGGUUGAAAUUGGCCCAGUGGUUCUUGAGAAGAUGUUGAAAAUGUGAAAAGUUUAUAGACAGACGGACAGACGGACGGACGGACAGACAGACGGACGACAGACAAAAUGUGAUCAGAAUAGCUCACUUGAGCUUUCAGCUCAGGUGAGCUUAAAACAGCUUCAGAGUCCUUGCACCAGAACUUUGCUAAAAGGAUAAUUUUUGUGCUACCUGAGCUUGAUUUACUACACACUGAAUUAGCUUAGUGGUUGCAAGGGGAGUCUGGAAAAACCAUUAUGCAGGAAAGAAGGAGAAAAUGGGAAGGUUUAAUAAUCCUGAACUACUAUUGGAAUGUCAUAUUUUUUUAUAGCACCGGGUCUGUGCAGUACAACCCCCCCCCCCCCUUAACAUUUUGGGGAAUAAAAUCGAUGAAAAUAGAACCUGGUUGGUUUUUUUUUAUCAACCCUUCUUUGAAAUUUUUUUGUAAAACUGCAACUCAAUAAAUCGCAAUGUAGAUGUAUGGUUGAAUAUAGAUGGGUGUUGAGAGGAGAACUUGCAUUAUAAAGAAAUGAAAUGAUUGGACACUCAGAUUUCAGGUAAUUGGCAAUUCCUACAAAAUCUAUGCUAAAUGUAUCUCUAGACAGUAGAAAUAGGUUUGCAAAAUAAGGCUAGAUUUUGCCUUACGCGUAAUAUAGUAAAGACUCAUUUUCAGAGAGAAAGUAUCAACUCUAUGUGUAUAUCUUAUAUAAGGAAGAAUUUCCCACUUUAGCAGAUGAUGACAAUAUCAUAAAUAGGAUGCAGAACAAUCACCGAUCAAUGCACUUCACACAGUUUAACAAGUCUAUGACCAGGAAAUGAUGAAUGAUAUUUCAGAAAAUCAUUUCAUACUUUGAAAUAUGCUGAAUGGUCAGUCAGAUUAUCUAAACAACACUUGUCUACAAUAAAAUGAGAAAAAAAAUUUCUGAAGGUUAAUAUAAUAGAUCAGAUCAGAAUAAUCACAAAAUACAACAGAAAUCCAAGCAUCUUUAUGUAUAACCAGACUUCAACUGAAGUCCAAGUACAAGUAAAACCAGACUUCAACAGAAAUCAAAGUAUAUGUAAAACCAGACUUCAACAGAAAUCAAAGUACACAUAUAACCAGACAUCAACAGAAACCCAAGUACAUGUGCAACCAGACUUCGACAGAAUUCCAAGUAUAUGUAUAACCAGACUUCCUCAAUGAGUUGAAUUAGAAAUCUGCUUUCCUUCCAUCAAAACUUCCUUGCAAUAUUGGGAAAUUAAACAAACUUGGUCCUUGUUACAAAAGUGUUUCAUUCAGAGCUCUGUGUUCAAAUCAAGACCUGCUCAAGAGUGCUUGGAGAAACCAGAAGCUGAAUUCACUUAGGAAUCCCUAUGUACCUAUAGUUUAAGCAACAAUACAAGUAUGGCAGACACCAUUACAUGUGCUGCCCAUCCAGACAAGCUAUGCGAGUCCUACUGCUUGCAGUGUGAUGUCCCUCUAUGUAGAGACUGCACCAUGGGUAUCCACCAGGAGCAUAAGAGAGUAGACAUUGUGGAAAUGGAGAGCAUAAAACAAGUCAAAAGAAGAGAGAUUGAGGAGGACAACGCUGAAAUCCAAGACAUACUCAUUCCACAGUUCCAAAUGGAGAAUGCCAGCAUCGAAGACCAAAUAGCAAAAACACUCAUCCGAUAUGAAUCCAUAGAAGAAUCCGCAGACGUCUACAGAAAUGAUUGGCACCAAGAAGUUGACAGGAUAUUUGAGGAGUACCACAAAGAAAUACACCAAACAAGAGACAAGGACAUUGCUCUGCUGAAAAACUAUCAAAGAGAUAUAAAAUACUCUCUCCAGACUAUGCCAAAUAUAGUGGAGCACAACACAGAGAUACUGCAAUCAGGCAGCCAUACAAAUGCAGUCAUUCAGUACAAAUCGAAACUAACAGCGCUAAGAAAGACUUUGCCGAAAUAUGAAAUGGGGAUGUCUUCUUUUUCCACCCCUCCCAUACAAACUGGACAAGGACUGUGUAUUGAAUUUGGAGGCAUCAGAUCAUUUCUUGUAUCUAUGAGUUCCUAUGAAUCCCUGCAAAAUUCCAUGGGUCAUCCAACCUAUCAAACUAGAUGUUUACUUGAGAGAGUUAUUGUCAAAGCGGAAUUCAGUUCUGAAGUUGACAAUUUGAAGCACAUAGUUUACAAUGGUCGAAACGAAGUCUGGUUAAGUGGAAAAGAUGGCACAAUCAGACACAUGAAUAUUCAUGGAAUAGAUCUACAAACUCUAGAAGCAACCAAUAUAAAAUACCAGGACAUUGCUGUAAAUUCUGAAGGAGAACUGAUAUAUAGCGAUUACAUAAAUAAAUGUGUGAAUAUUGUGAGAGGCACCGAAACAGAAAUUCUGUUUGAAUCUAAAUAUGCUUGGCAUCCACAAGGAAUAUUUUGUACAAAAGAAGGCCACAUUCUAGUUACAAUGAGGGUGGCAGGCGACAGCUGUUGCAAACUGGUAAGAUACGAUGGAGAGAAAGUCAUCCAGGAAAUUCAGUACGACAAAUUUGGGAACUGUCUCUUUAGCAGAGGUUACAAAUGUGUGUUCCUGGCAGAAAAUAACAAUGGUGACCUAUGUGCUUCGGACACAAACUCCUGUUCCUUGAUUGUUGUGAAUAAAGCAGGAGAUUUUCGUUAUCGGUACUGCUGUGAUCCAACACUGCGGAGGAAGCCGUUUGUCCCUCAUCAUAUCGUUACUGAUUCCCAGUGUCAUAUCAUACUGUCUGAUUACGUCAACAACUGUUUGCAUAUAUUCCAUAAAGACAGUCAGUAUCUGAAGUGCAUCAGCCAUCCCGACCUUGACCUUCCUGUGGCCUUGACCAUAGACAAUGAUGACAAACUGUGGGUAGGUCUGUAUGUGUCAGGAAAGGUCAAGGUCAUUCAGUAUAUGAAAUGAGCAAUUUGGAACCUCAUUCACCAUGAGAAUACAUCAAUCACAAUCAGGAAAUGUACGAUAACUAUUUCUAGUGCUAACAAGUGUUGAAUAAUCCUAUUUCCUGGUAAAUACAUGUACAAAGUAGAUGUACCAAUAUGUGUCUGGAAAUAGUCUAUAAGGAAAUGAAGGGUAAUCAGGGAUUAAACUAAUUGAUGCUAAAACUGGAGUGUUUUGAUCUCAUGAUUUUUUUGAGUACUUGAACAUGAAAGAGGUUU